GAAGAGCUCACAAGAGCUCUAUUUUGUUUUACCUAUGGUAACGUGAAAUGAUAUGUAAUUUAUGAGUUCUGGAUUUAAAAAUAAAUUGGGAUUUUUUUAAAUGACAGUUUUUUUUGUCGGCCUAAAGGUGGCAGUGGUGAACAUCCAACGUAAUUGUCACACGCCAAUGACUAUGAUGAAGAAGACCAGGUGGAAAGCAAAGGCGGAAGUGAACUUUUCUGUGUCGGAGCAACUUUUUCGACAACUUUCUUGUUUUAAGUACAACUUGGUGGUUUCAGGCGACAACGUUUUUUCCCUUUUCUUUUCUUUUCUUUUUAAACCUGCCUUCGCCGACAAAGAGUCAGCACGGAGGCGGAGAUGGUCUCCACCGUCGCGAACGUUGACGUGAAGCAGGCAAGAAACUCAAAAGGAUUAAAACAACAACGCUUCAUUUGACCAAACUACAUAAAGAUCCCGAGCAAGCACUGGUGGUGGCCAUCUCGUGCUCGGCCGUGUUGGAGGAUACUGACGACGGCGAGGUGCACGGUGUGGGCGUGGCCUUCCCGCUGCUGCAGGCGAUGCAGAAUGCGAAUCGGCGUCUGGUGGCUGCGAAUUCUGCAGAGUCGUUGCUUUUUGACGUGCUUCUCGUCACCACUGACGGGCGUCGGCGGCAGAGCGCUCGCAUCGUCAGCAGCACCAAACAUCAUGGUCUGGAAGUGAGCCGCUUCUGCUUUUCGGGUCGGGAAGACUUUGUGGAGAGUUUACUUGAAAAUCGAGUGCAGCUCUUCCUGUCCGCAGAGCCAGAGGAAGCGUCGCAGGCGUGGCAAAGAGGUGUUCUGUCGGCGCUGUUGGGCCGUCAAACUUGGUCGAGCUCGUCGGAGCAGCUCAGAGUUUUGUUGUGCGGCGGUGACAUCAUCACGACACCUGCCAACCCCACGCCAGCAGCGCAGGGCCACAACGUGGCGGCUCUGGUGCUGGGCGUGCUGCUCAUCGUGGUGAUCGUCGGCGGCAACGCGCUGGUGUGCGUCAGCGUGCUGACCGAGAAAGCCCUCAAGACCACCACCAACUACUUCAUCGUCAGCCUGGCGGUGUCCGACCUGCUGCUGGCCGUGCUCGUGCUGCCGCUCUUCGUCUACUCGGAGUUCCAGGACGGCGUGUGGACGCUGAGCACGGGCGUGUGCGACGGUCUGAUGAGCAUGGACGUCAUGCUGUGCACCGCCUCCAUCUUCAACCUGUGCGCCAUCAGCGUGGACAGGUUCAUCGCGGUGCUGAUCCCGCUCAACUACAACCGGAAGCACGUGGACAUGCGGCAGUCCGUCCUCCUGUCGGCCACGUGGGUCCUGGCCUUGGCGGUGGCCUCUCCCGUCAUGCUGGGCGUCAACGAGGUGGCGGGCCGCCGCCCCGGCGAGUGCAAGCUGGAGAACGCCGACUACGUCCUGUACUCGUCCGUGUGCUCCUUCUUCAUCCCGUGUCCCGUCAUGCUGCUGCUCUACUGCGGAAUGUUCCGCGGCUUGCGGCGCUGGGAGGAGGCGCGCAAGGCCAAGCUGAGGAGCAGCAUCCAGGCCUGCCGCAAGCUGCGGGAGGCCAACGCCGCCGCCGCCGCCUCGCUCCCGCCUCUGGCCGGGCUGCCGCCGCUUCUGCCGCCCGUCAUCGAGCGGGAGGCCGACGCCGGCCCCACCGCGAGCUUCGCCCAGAUGAAGUUCACCCCUGAGCCUCGGCGGAGGAGCAGAGCGAAGAUCAACAGCCGCGAGAGGAAGGCCAUGAAGGUGCUGCCUGUCGUCGUAGGUGUGUUCUUGCUGUGCUGGACGCCGUUCUUCGUGCUGCACAUCGUGCGCGCCCGCUGCCGGACGUGCGAUAUCCCGCCCGCCGCCAUGAGCGUGGCCACGUGGCUGGGUUACGUCAACAGCGCGCUCAAUCCCGUCAUCUACACCGUGUUCAACGCUGAGUUCCGACGCUUUUUCAAAAACUUCCUGCGCCGCUGCUGCCACUUAUGCUGCCGCGCCACAUGAGCGGGACAUUUUGGGCUUUUUCAAAAACUUCCUGCGCCGCUGCUGCCACUUAUGCUGCCGCGCCACAUGAGCGGGACAUUUUUGGGUUUGUUUGUUUUUGGCUGGGUGGGGGAGGGUCCUGGCUGGACUUUGUUCUUUGCAAAGUUUGAAGCAGCAGAGUGGAACAAAACAGAUGUGCGCCGCACGCAGGAAUUUAUUUUCUAAAUCCAUCUCAUCUUUUCACAAUAAAAGCGUUCACCGUAACUUUGCAUUUAGUUUCCGUUUUUUUCUUCUUCCUCAAUUAAAUGAUGGCACAAAAUUGACAGAUA